CUUGGCUCUCGGGGGAGUGUCGUGCCUGAUUGACGCGUAGUCGUCGCCUUUAGGAAGACGAUCUUUUUGACCGUGGCCACCGGGCUGACUCGAAGAUCGUCAUGUCGUACAACCGCUCGAUUGACGCGUACGGGCGCCGUCCAAGCGGCGACGAUCGCCGCCCUCCCGACUACCGCAAUCGCUCCGACCGUCCCGACCGCCUCGACCGCCGCCGUGAGAGUUAUCGAGUAGACGACCGGCCCUCUGCCUGGGAACCCGACGGCUCUCCGCGGGAAAGCGGCGAUCCUACAUCUCUUCCGCCUCCCCACCUGCCCCCGAAACUUCCUGCGACCUAUGUUGCCAAAAUCGACACCAGCGCCAGCCGUCUGCGACCAGACCAUGGCGCCAAGUCAUCUUCUCCGAUGACACAAUCCCCGGUACAGGCUGAGGGCGGGAGUCCAGUGAGGACAAUAACCGAUAUAUUUAAGGAACUGACCACACUCGUCGUGGAAGAGGUCCGGCUCAGUUCUGAUCGGGAAAAGCUCGAUUCCAUCUUGGCCCAAAGACGGAUCGAGCACCAAAGAACUAUGUCCAAGCAUACCGAGUUCCCUUCCAUUCCCGAACUACAGAGUCGGUUCAGACUACGAGACAAACAGCAACGUGAUGAGGUGGAUGUGGAUUUGCGGAAGACUUGGGAGCAAAAGGAGAGAUUACUAGAGAAGUUGUCAUCUCGAGUAUUGCACGCACUACGAGAGGGCCACGUGGGUGAGACAAAAGCAACCCCCAAGGACCCCCAAAUCGAAAGUCGGAACAAUGAGUUUGCCCGCGAGUUAGAGUCUCUCAAGACUACACUCAACGACCGCGAAGAAAAGGCGAACAAGGCGAAGGAGGAGCUCCAAGCUCAGAUACAAAGCCUCAAGCAACAGCAUCAACAAGAACUCGAAAAUUUUAAGUCCGAAAUCACGCAGAGUUUUCAGUCUGAGAUGCAGAAAAUACGGAGCGAUGCUCAAGCGCAAACUGAGACAAUUAAACUGCUCCUGAGCGAGCAGUUAAAGUUUGACAAGCAUCUGCAAGAGACAAAAAUCCCAGAUACGGCACCGAUAGUUGCCGAGAUUUCCGCAUUACGCCAGAAAUACGAAUCUAGUAAUAAUUCCCUAUCGCGGAGGGUCGGCGAGCUUGACGGGCGUUUAUCCCAGCGUCAACAAGAAGACCAGAACCUGCAGAAUGCCGUGUCCUCUUUCCAGAGACAACUUGAGGAGCAAAACCAAAUACUCUCCAAUCAACAGAACAAACUAGACAACGUCGAUUUUGCGGUCCUGGAUACUGUUGCCGAGACAUUUUCUUUCCAGUGGCCCGAGCUUCAAGGGCAUGUAGGACAGCUCCAGGCUGACAUCGGCAACAUUACGAAAGCGAUCCGAACUUUUAGUCUCAAACCGGACCUGCCACCCGCACUAGCACCCGCACCAGCACCCGCCUUGGGACUGAGUGAUCAGGCGCAGUUUAUGAACAAGGUCAAAACAUUCCAGGACGAAAUGAUGGCCAGGAUUGGAGGCAUGAUAGAUGACCAGAGGAACGUGACCGAAGGCUAUGAUUUACGGAUUAAGGUGCUGGAAAAGGCCAUGGCCCCUGUCUUGACUGCCCCGGAAAUCGAUUCACUGAAAGCCGAGGCAAAUAGGCUUGCCAAAGAAAUCAAGGUGAUAUUUGACCGACUAGAGGAAGCGAACAGGGCCGUCAAGAGGGUCACCGAGGACAGUACGGAGACUACCAAGUUUCUCACACAUCAAAUCACGGUGUUGGACUCGCAAUAUAGCAAUCUGUCGACUAAGGCGCUCGCUGAGCAUAUCAUCAGACAACUGGAGCAUGUCUACUCCACGCCGAGCCAGAUGAUGGCCGACAUUGGUAGCCUAUCCAAGCAGGUUCAGGAGAUCGAUGUUGGCGGAAUAAAAGCGAAACUGCUCAAGAUUGAAAAAGACCAGGAGAAGCUAGCUACCGACCUCACGGGCCUUGCCGGCUCGGUUAAGACGAAAUCCGAUUCGCAACAAAACGGGGGUUCGAAGGAAUGGGGCAGACAAGUCGAGGAUCUGGCUAGACAGGGGCAUAAAAGAAGACGAGUCGACUCGAGCGCUAAUGGCGCCGUCAUCUAUGCUAGCGACGAUGGAUAGUCGAUUGCUGAUUUUUUUGUAUCGUCAGAUGCUGAAGGCUUGUGGAUGACGCAUGUAUGGGCACAUGGUUGAGUCCAGGUAAAAAUAUAGAGAUACCCUGUUCGCUAGUCCUAUCUGUCAUUAGAGUGCAGGAAAAGGAGGUAGUUGGGCAAAAGGGGGCGGGUGUUUGGUUGCUGUUGGAGUCAUUGGUCGGGGAUAAUAAAUAAAUACCUAGCUAGGUAUACUCGUUGUCUAAUUGCUGAGGAAGGCGAAGCAGGACACACAAAUUGGCCCGCAACGGCGUGAGCAUUUGAGUCAUUCUCUUGAACUCGGUGUCGACGCGUUGGGGAGUCUGGCUCACCAGCC